CUUCCUCACCGGCUUCCGCAAGCGCAAGAACGAGCGCAUUGCAAAGACAAAGGCAAAGUACGCCGAGCGCGCAAAGGAGGAGCUGAAGGCUGCGCGCAAGGAGGUGAGUGCGGCCGGAGAGUGUGACCCAGCAGGAGGCAGCAGGAUUGGGUUGCGAGCAGAGGCGCUGAGGCGGAGGAGCAUGACGGUGCGUUCGGCUCUACCGUGCUGACCCUCUUCUCCCCUCAGACACGAGAGGCGCGCAAGCAAAAGGCUGCCGAAAAUGUGCGCAUGGAGGAGGAGGCGUACGGGCCGAUGCCCGCAUUAGGCGCCUUGGGUGUGGAGGGUGCAGGGCUUGAGUCUGACGGCGAAGAAGACGACAUCAUUGCUGCGCCUGCCUCAUACGACACGCCGGAGCACUUCACAAGCGUGACAGUCUCAUCUUUCGACCCAUCCGAUGCGCUCACGUUCGAUGCGAGUGCUCCGACCCCCGCACCGGCACCUGUCAAGACCGUCAAGGCGAGCAGAGCUGAAGGCGAAGCAUCUUCGUCAUCAGCACCGCGGCGCAUCCGCUCGCUCGCCGCUCUCGGCGGCACCGAGCUGCCUCCGUCUUCUGCUCGUGCGGCUAAGCGUGCCAAGAACGCAACGUCGAGCGCAGCAGCGAACAACAGCGGCGGACGGUCACGCGCGCCUCGGGUACCCGCCGGCCUGGAGCCGGAGCGCAUCGUCGAGCUUCUCGAGCCGGCGUCCAAGCGGAAAGCCGAGCCGUUGAUGCAGCCGGAGAUCCUCGGUGGCGGCGGUGCAGAGGCAGCAGCAGCCGGCGCAACGUUCCACUACGAGACCAAGGCGGAGCGCGCGCAGGAGCGCACUAAGAUCCGCGAGAAGCGGCAGAAGAUGAAGGAGAAGCGCGUGGCGACGGAGCGCAACCGGCGCAUGUCCGGCGGCAAGGAGAAGAAGAAGAAGGAGGGCAAGCGUGGCCUGGGCGGCAAGGGCAAGCCGAAGGGCAAGGGCGCGCAGGGCGGCAAGGGCAAGAAGGUCUAGCUCAGGGCGCCAAUGUCAUCGUCGCACACUCUCCAUCCGGAAAUCGGAGCAUGCAUUGCGGGCGUAGCGUGGACGGACGCGUACAGAUGUGUGAUGUGUGGGAGCAAGCGGGUC